GCUAUAUAGACAAUUGACCUACUGCUGCAAUUCUUACUUCACACUCCUAUACCGUCAAUAAAUUCGCCUGUUCAAAAAUGGCCUCCAACAAUGACUCCACCGAAUUCCCUUAUACUCUGACCAUCUCCCUCCCUCUCCCCACCAACCGUCUCGCAUCCUCUGCCCUCCGUACCCUCGAAGUCGACGCCGAGCUCUCCCCCUUCGUGAAGCGAAGCUUCGCCCUAACCACCCCCACCAAAGAGCCCACCGCCUCCGAGGAAGCCAAAACCGUUCUGGAGACGACCUACCGUGCAACCACGAAUCGCAUGCUGCGUGUCGCCGUGAACGGCUUCAUGGAGAACCUGGGUGUUGUCCUUGGCGUGAUGGAGGAAUUGGACGUGGAUGUGUUUGACGCCGAGGACGAGAAAUGAAUGCAGAAAAGCUUGGUUUACCAUACACAGGGGACCUGAAGGAAUUUAUUCUUGUGAGGAUAUCUACUAUGCUACGAGACAUCGUGUGGCCCGAUCUGGUUGAUUUGAGAUAUCCAGUUUUGGGGCGCUAGUCAGGUCCGGUCGGAUGGAUCCCGGAUACCGGAUGUUAAGUUCUCGUGGUAAAAACGAGACGAGCCGUGUCCGGAGCGUGGAAGGGGAUGCGUGGAUGCGUACCGUGGAUGGGAGAGCCUACGUCGGCAGUGCAAUGGGGCUCGGAAGGGGGUUCACAUCAGUAGAUCGGGUUGGUGAUAAAAUUGGGAUAAUUUGAGGUGGCUAUUUGGUUAUUAGGUUGUCGGCACUUGGCUGUGACCUGGGAGGGCCUAGAAAAGUAUCACUAAUCACUUGUGCAGUACGGAGUAUAGGGUAGAUACGAAAUACGAAACAACAUGCGAUGGAAAAAAGCUCCAGCCAAGAAGG